AUGCGCCCAGACCCGCACAAAGCGAAAGCAACAAAGCAAUGGAAGGCAAAGCACGGGACUGCUGCCCUUUCCCCCAAACACGCCGCUUCUACAGCAAAACCACAGUCAAGUGAUGAUCACCACCGACGACCGGCUACGGAGCAGACUGGGCAUGUGGGCGGUGGCCUGAAUGGGACUCCACCACGGUCGGAAACAACUGAUGGGGAGGCGGAGGUGGAGGCCCAGGAACACAAACCCAGAUCAAAAUACGCCCGCCGCCCACUCGCCAGCAACGCAUACCGCUACCACGAACCGACCGAGGACGAGAUCCGUGCCGCGGACGAGGGGAUCGAUCGGGCUACGGAGCAUUUGCGCGCGUUGAUUGGUGAUGCUGAUGAGGAAUAUGAUCCGGCUAUGUACUUCCAGUUCCGCGACGAAAAAGGGUGGGCGCAAACUGGCGCGAUGGAGGACGCUGCUACUGACGAGUUGAACCGCACCCUCCUCCAACUCGACAUCAGAUCCCUCGCAGACUCGCUCGCUACCAUACCCCUGCACACGAGACUGGACGUGGAUGAGGCGGAGCUCGCGGGGCUGCUUUCGGUUCUGCCGAAAGGGGCGACUGGAGAGGCCACACCCACUGACCCGCUAGACAUAGACAAUCUGCUCGACCUCGACAUACCUGCCGCACGACCGGCACCACCAUUAGCAUCAUCGUCAUCACAAUUCACCUCGAUGGCCAGAAACACGGACACACAGGCGACAACGCGGACAGGAUCGACGACGAAAACGAGUGAGGCGGAGGAUUUGAAGUGGUUGGAUGAGUUGUUGGGUUGA